GAGAGAUUAUAUUAACCAAUCAUCAAUUAGAUUGUCUGAAGACAGCUGUCUAAUAAUAAUAACAAUUAUAUGAAAAAGUGAAAUAGAUGUAUGUGGAGAGUAAAAAUUACUCCGCCCAUAAUUCAUCCAUCUAUCCAUCUAUCUAUCUAUCUAAAAUGAUAAACUUUCUUUCUCAAUCUCAUAUGUCGUUUUCUAUACACAACCAACCAACCAAUCUAUCCAUCUAACUAGACAGUCAUUUAUGUGCACAUGUAUGUAUGUAGGUUUGUGUGUGUGUGUGUGUGUGUGUGUGUGUGUAACUGCCACUACCUCACCUUCUACUUAUCCAUCUGUAAUAUGUCCAUCUCUAUUCAUCUGUAUACGUCCAUCUAUCCAUCUUCUCUACCCUACCACCUAUCCAUCUUUCUAACUAUCUAACUAUCUUCACAAUAAAAUAGACUGAUUGAACAAGGUGCACAGAAGUCGAGAUGUAAUGUGGUGGUGGUUUGUGUGGUCGUCGUCGUCAUCGUCGUCUGUGAUUGAUGUGUAUGUCUUUCUCUGCAUAACUAAUUCACCAUUACUACAAUCAUUCUAACAAUAUUAAUUACAGUAGUAGAAAUAAUCACAACAUCAACUUCUUAAUAAGAAUAAUAGUAAUAAUAAAAACGCCAUCUAAAUCAUGUUAUUAUCAUUUACAAAAUUAUUACAAUUGUAACAACAACUGUAACUAUUACAAUCUAUUCUAUUCUUCACAUAAAAUAACGUCGUCGAUUUACAACACAGAAAAGGAAGAGAACUUCAAAUUAAAUAAAUAAACAAAUAAGCAUCGUUCAGAUUACAAAAAAAACACACUCAGUAAUAAAUCAUUGUCAAAAAAAAGCAGCAACAGCCAUACAAUAACAACCAUACAGAAUGAUGACAUACGCCAGAUAAAAGUGAGAAACUGUGUUCUAAAUCAAACUAGUCAUUCUUCUCAAAUUCCCUUGCACUAUACUUGGAGCAUACAUGUAUAACAACAUUUCAUUGAUAAAAACAUUGAAUGGAAUAUACUAAUAUUUAACUAUUUUUAUAUUUUCAUUAUUGCCCAUCAUUAAUUUCAUCUGUUAACUAUAUUUAUACUCACUCCUAUUACGUCGGACUACUGUUAACCAGAUCACAUAUCAAUCAACAACUUCGUUAUUUUGAGAGAAAAACAAGCAGUCGUACACAGAAAAACAGAAAAGAAAUGAAUCUCAAGGUAUUCCCAAUUAAAAUUCUACUCUAUUGGAUUACAUUGUUUCUGAAAGGAGUUCAUCUCUCUGAUACCAAAGUGCCAAUGGUUGUCAAUCAUAAUAAUCAAAUUCGUUUACAAGUUGGUGAUAAACUACGUCUUGAAUGUCCAAUUCAUAUCACAUCCUCUGGUGGUCUAGUCUCUUCCAACGAAAAUUCUAAUUCAAAUCAACCUGAAUAUAAUUCGGGUGUUAUGUACAACUGGAAGGUGAGAGAUUUACACGACUAUUCACUGGAUACAAAUAGUCAUUAUCGAUUUAGUCAACAGCGUCGAAUACUCGAAGUCACUGAACCCUUGCAAGUUUCUGAUUCAGGCAAUUAUACAUGUUUAGGAGUGACUGGUUUUGGUAAACGUGAAGUUACAUUUGAAGUUCACGUAAGAGAUCCUAAUAUCAAUCUUCUUUGUGCUGUGCCGAAUGUAGAAAAUACAAAGGCUAAAGCUCCGUGUUUUGUUGAUACAGCCUUGAAAACUAACCCAUCAAUUAGUUUGGAAAGAGCUAUAGGCUCUUCUGUAACAUUUAAUUGUGAAGCCGAAGGUACUGAACCAAUAAAAUAUCGAUGGUUUAUGGGUAAUGCAGUAGCUGAUUGGAUAACAACUGGUCAAGGUGUUCGUGGACCAAUAUUAACAAUUGAUCGAGUUGGCCGUGAACAUACUGGACAGUAUACAUGUCAGGUUUCUAAUGCAGUUGGAAGUCUAAAUUAUACUUAUAGGCUAUUAGUCAGUGAACCACCAUCAGCUACACCAAAAAUCAUUGGUCCUGUACAGAAUUAUACCUUUAAAAAUGAUGACAGUGCAACAGUUAUAGCAAGAAUCAAAUGUGCAUGCGAUGAACCAGUUAUACAGUGGUUGAAACGAGUUGAACCAGGCGAAGAAAUGAUGUAUGAACAAUCAGGUGCAACAAAAAUCCCAUUGCCUAAUGCUAGAAUAACAGAACAGAAUGAAGUCUAUGUGAUAUUAGGCUCAUGGAUUGAUUCACCAGCUAUUGUCGAAAAAACAACAGCCUAUACGGAUAGAUCAAAAAGUAUUCAUGAUAUGGACACAUCAUCAUCAUCAUCAGCAUCUGAAAUUUUAUCAUCUGAAAAUAAUGAUGGAAAACGAUCAAUGUAUUAUCAUUCUAAGCCGAAUUAUGCUAAACAAAAUCAUCUUGGAGGCGAGAAAAAAGAACAACUUUUUGUUACUAAAUUACGAUUUCAAAAACCUUUAGAAAAAGAAAGACAUGAGGGAAAGUAUAUUGUCAUGACAAUGAGUUUAUCAGAUGUUAAAAGUUUAGAAUAUAUUGUAAUAUAUGUGAAUGUAGUACAAGAAUCAGCAUUUCUGAAAGGUCGACGUGUUCUCAUAUACUUCUUAGUACCAUUCAGUAUUUUACUUGCUGUUCUUGGGCUAAUUGCCUAUAUGUUUGUAUUUCGUCGAAAACGUGCACCAGAUCAUUUAAUAUCUUCUAGUAAUGAAAGAUGUAUACUGAGAACAGCUGAACUCACUCCUGAAGCAUAUCAUGUUAUACCAAAUGGGAAAAAGUCAUCCAGCUUACAUGCAUCCUCUAGACAAUCAUCAAAUAGUCAAAAUACAGGGAAACCAAACUAUUCUUUCAUGGGAGUUCAAUCUGUAUAUCCUUCCAAUGAUAACCAGUAUAAUCAAACCCAAACUGGAUCAGAAUUAAAUAAUCCUUAUCCAAAUAUUCAAGUGAAUCCAUCACAUUUUAAUCAAGCUGUCAAUUUCUCACAAAAUACAUCAAUGACAAGUGAUCCUAGAUUACUUUUAAAUAUUAGUGAUGAUUCAAGUCGUGUAAAUAGUAAAGCAAGUUCUGGACCAAUCAUGAAUGGUAAUUGUAUGCCGAAUUCCUCUCAUCCAUCUCACUGUCUUUUACCAUGUCCACCUAAUCCUCAUAGUAUAACACCACCAUCAAAUCAAAGUGAUAUUCAACAGACAAUGAAUAAUUUUAAUCAAUUUCCUGCCUAUUUUAUAGGUUCAAGUGAAAAGAAUUUAAAUCCACAAGUUUUUAACGACAAUUCUAUACAACAACCAACUUAUCAACCUGCACCAUUUCCAGGUAUUAUGCUUAAUGUACCCCAACCUCCUUCAAAUGUAAGCGAUGUAUCCUUUGAUCAAUAUUCAGCUGUCAGUCAAAGUCCAGUCUCUUCAAGUACACUUACAAAUCAUUAUACAGCCCCGUUUGGUGAUUUUGUUCAUAAUGAAAAUUCAGACUGUAAAGAUUUCCGACAGCAUUUUCAACCUCAUUACCUCCGUACUUGAUUAUUCUUCAAAAUUUUCUUUCUUCAAUUUUUUUUCACUAACAAGUAACGGAAAUCUUGUGAGUAUAAGUUAUCAUUGAGAGGAAAACAAGCAAGCUGAUAUUUCUUGUAAACUUAUCUGUAAAUCCUUCAAAAGUACACUUACAAAAUACAACAAGCAUAGUAGGAAAUUUCAAUUCAUAAUUAUUAAAGGCAUUAGUAGGAAAUAUCUCAUUUCUCAUUCUGUCAUUCACUCAGCGAAAUUUAUGAAUAUGCAUAAAUCCUACUUAAGACAACACUUAUGUAUGUAUAUUUAAACAAACAUAACAACAAAUUUAUCCAGUUUUCUUUUUGAAAUGUACUCACAAAUAAACAAAUUUUUCGUAUGUAUUUAAAGUUUUGUUUUUCUACCUUCUUCUUUUCAGAAUGCAUUUAACAGAAUAUUAAUAAAAACAAAAACAAACAUCUUAUUUUUUAAAUCGAGCGCACAAUAAACUUUUUUUGUUUUAUUGAGGUUACAGGGUUCAAUUGAAUAAUUAGAAAAAAAUUUCGUUUAACCUUUCUUUUUUUAAUUGUUGAAACAAUGAAUUUCCUAUUUCUUGUAUAAUAAGCAAUAUUCUAUAUUCAGUCAUUCUAUCAUUUUGUAAUUCAUUCAUUGGACAAAUCAUGAGUUGUUUAACUACAGUGCUCAUUAUUGACCAAAUAUAAAGGCAACAUAUAUAAAUUAUUGUGUAUAUGAACAGACAAAACAAUGAAAUCUGUUAUUUCUUAUUUCACUUUGUACACUGAAAAAUAUAUUUUAAAGACAAAGUUGUGAAAUUUAUAUGAGAACUGAACCAAAUAAACAAGACCUUAUUAACAGUAUAAAAAGUUAAAGUGUAUUGUGAGUAAUGUCUACAACUUCUAAUCAAAGCACAUCAUAGACAUAUACAUAUGUGUAUACGUAUGCAUAUACAUAGGGAUAAAAUCUCUGAAUGACAAAAUUGUUUAAUACAUCCUUUGUUUUGUUUUCUUCUUUUUUGUUAAGUUUAAAUACAACAUUUUCAUUGAA